ACACAAAAUAAAAAGCCUGAAAGCAAAAGCAUAAUAAUAAAAGCAGAGAGAGAGAGAGAGAGACGACAAGGAGGAGGAGGAGGAGCUGAUAGGUAUCGCCGGAGCUGAGAGAAAUCAAAUCAUCAAACGAGAGUUUUGAGGUAGAGAUAAUGAAUUCGGGAGGAGGAAUCGUUGCUGCACCAACAACAACAGCAGCAGCUCCUUCAAGCGGCGGCGGUGGUGGAAACGUUGAGUGGCAUGUAAGACCACAGAACCCUAAAAACCCAGUCGUCUUCUUCGAUGUCUCUAUUGGUGGCAUCCCCGCCGGUCGUAUCAAGAUGGAGCUUUUCGCCGAUAUUGCUCCCAGAACCGCUGAGAACUUCAGGCAGUUCUGUACUGGUGAACACAGAAAGGCUGGAAAGCCUCUUGGUUACAAAGAGUGUCAGUUUCACAGGGUUAUCAAGGAUUUUAUGAUUCAAAGUGGUGAUUUUCUUAAGAAUGAUGGUAGUGGAUGUGUAUCAAUUUAUGGCCACAAGUUCGAUGAUGAAAAUUUUACUGCCAAACAUACUGGCCCAGGACUGCUCUCCAUGGCUAACAGUGGACCAAACACAAAUGGGUGCCAGUUCUUCAUUACCUGUGCAAAAUGCGACUGGCUUGACAAUAAGCAUGUUGUCUUUGGGAGAGUGCUUGGGGAUGGUUUAUUGGUGAUGCGGAAGAUUGAGAACGUGGCUAUCGGACCUAAUAACCGGCCUAAGCUUGCAGUUUUAAUUACUGAGUGUGGGGAGAUGUGAAAUGUUUCAACGCUCCACCGAAAAGGCCAAAACUCUCCUUAAAGAACCUUUCCGCUGAAGAAGGAAUGCAGUGAGAGCCUAUUAUUAGUUGUCAGCUUACGCAUUCUGACAGAAGCUAGCUAUGAUUUGUAUUUUAGCAAAAACAUUUUGUUAGAUUCUCUUUCAAUUUAGUGCCAAACUAUAAAACCUUUCCUGAAAGAAACCAAAUUUUGUUUGGUGUUAAAGCUGCAAAUAGCAAAUCAGUUGUUCACUUGAUA